AUGGCUCUCAAAUUCAAACCAUACGUACCUCCGCAGCUUAUGCCACAAAAGUCGAAGAGGCAACAGUAUGCAGUUUCUUUGCCUCAGAACCACAUCCAAAUCCCAAAUGCGGCUGAGGACUUAGAUGACAUGUGGCCUCCCCAGUGUGCUGGGGAAACUGUCAAAGAGAUCGCAGAUGAGACUUCUGGCUCACCUGAUGAGCUCCCAUCGAUUGAAGAGCUGUGGGAAGCCAAACGGCCAAACGGCAACACUAGCGCCAAGCCAAGCGUGUCGAGCACUUCUACUUCGCUAGACGACAUAACUAGUUCGCCUUCCCAUGUCCAAGCAGAUGGUGAUUCUGAAAUUAGUGGCAAGUCUCACGAUUAUGCCAUUGUUAUCGAUGAAGAUACAAAUUGGGAUCAGAAUAUCGAUAGUAGCAGGCCUCCGCAGUCUCUGGACAUGACUUUUUUGGCACCUACCAACAGCGGUCCUAACGCGUCGGUCAAUAUUUUCAAGAAAGAUGCAUAUGAUAACGAGCCCCCUGCUGCCGAAGAGUUGUUGCAUGCACAAAUCGAGUCGGAUCCCGCUCCUAUAUAUGACGAAACUGCCGAUCCCCCGAUAGACUCUUCUAUUGGGGCACUGUGCCUGGCUCCUGCUACUCAGAUGAGUGUUGAGAUGGCUAGUCUCCAGAACAGCGAUACAGAGGCAAGGAAUGAGCGUGCCAGCACAAGUCCGUCCGCGGAGGAUCCUCCAACCCCUCCGGUGGUGGAUGAAAUAUCCGAGGAUGAAUGGGAAGCUGUCGAAAUUAUAGGCGAAGAGUUGAUCAACGGGAAGCUA